AUGGCGAUGAUUUGGGAAAAGGUGCAAGAUGAAUGGGAAAUGGCGUUGAUGGAGGUCAAUGGGCGACCCGUACAACCUCGCGUCUUAUGGUCGAGAAAUGGAGCAGCGGCUUCUGCAGCACGUGGUGACCUGCAUAGGCUUGUCACGAACCGGUUUGAACACAAAGUCAGUGUUGAUACCGCUAGUAUGGGUGAUGUGGCAAGGAUGACUGUGGGUUCGCUGUCAGAGGAGAAAGAGACUCAACGGUUUGGCCUCUCCUUGCUCAUCAUCAUGGAGAUCAAACUGGAGUACUUUCCCCCAUCGAAGGAUACAGCUCUCCAGGUCGCCAACUACAAGCUCCUGGUGGAGGCUUUUGGGCCAUCUGGAAGCACGGGUUGA